AUGGCUAAUAAUUGCCAACUUUGUAAUGAAAUUUUUUCUUCACGUAAAAAGCUUGUAAUUCAUGAGAGAAUUAGGCAUCGGAAUAACAAAAUUAUACCUCACCGUUAUUUACUUACCCAACCUCCUCUUGAACAAAUCAUAUUUUAUCAGGAUGCGUUUAUAGUUCUUAUAAAAAAACGACUUGGUUUUAAUAGACAUUCUAUAGGCACAAAACAAGUUUCAAUUAACGCCUUUCCUGAAAAUAUAUUUGUUUACCUUUUUGAGAAUGAGCCUUCUUUCCGGUAUAGUCCUGUACAACAAAAAUAUUCUUGUUCAUUUCAGGGUGAAGCUGGCGAGCAGAGACUGAAGCAAUUGGUCAAUUAUGACUAUUGGAAUGUUCGACAAGACCCGAAAUUAAAAACUAAAGGUUACGUUUUGUUUAUAGAUAAUGAUAGCUCCUACGAAGUUACCUUUAGUUGGUCACAAUCAGAGUUAAAAGAGAAUGAUCCCGUAGCCCAAACGAAUGCACCAAAUCCACCACAACUUCAUGAAGUUGAUUUAAACAAAAAUUCUAAUAAUAUAAGAUCUUUUCAAAGACAUUAUAGAUUUAUUUUACCCCGUGUCCCUUUUCAACAAAUAAAUCACUAG